UAAGUGGACUACAAAAGAGUGGACAGUGUUCAUUACAGAAUGUGGAACCAUGAGCUUCACAUGUGGAAUCCUAUCACUGAUCAUCCUGCUGAGUAUUACAGUUUCAGGUUCUUUGGGUGAGACUCUGAGAGUGACCUGCAGUCCUCAGACUAUCUGUGCUCUACGGGAAUCAACAGUGACCCUGCAGUGCUCUCACUCAAACACCAACAUCAGACCUCAGUACAGCUUCUGGUUCAGCCCCAAACAAAAAGCUAAAUGGAGGAACGAGGAAGAUCCAGAGGAUUUAGCUUUAGACUCAGACUACGCAGGACGAGCGAGAUACACAACCAGCCCAUACAAAUACAGCUCAACUCUUACAAUAUCAGACCUGAGAGAGAGAGACUCAGGAAAAUAUCACCUCAUGAUCAUUACAGAAACAGGACAGAAAUAUUCCAGCUCAACAGCAGUUACUCUAACAGUUUCAGAUCUGCAGAUGAAGGUGAUUUCUAAAACUGAACAGCAGAUGAAGUUGAGCUGUAGCACUUCCUGCAGUUUGUCCUCUAAACCUUCUGAUUACAACUGGUACAAAAACAGACAAUAUCAGCUCUCAACAUAUGAACAUCAGAAGGUUUUAAGUGUAUACAGCAGUGCUGGUCCUGGCAGCUACUCCUGCUCUGUUAGCAGCCAUCCUGAAAUCCGAUCCAAUACAGUGUGUGAACAGAAGAGUCUGUGCUUUGGAGGGUUCAUCAGUGGACUUUCCCUGCACUUACUCAUAUCCCAGUGA